AUGACAAAUAAUGAGUACGACGUUUUAAAGUACCGUUCCUGGGUUCUAACAAAGGAAACUACAGGUGAUAGUAGUAAUAGUAGUAGUAAAGAUGACGAUGAUGACAGUAGUAGUAGUAGUAGUGGAGGUCGUGAUGACGACGAUGAGGGUGGUAGGAAAUUUUCAGUUAUGUCGUAUAACUUGUUAUCCAGACACUAUAUAUGGAAACAUGUGUAUUCCAAAUUACCCAAGGACCACCUUGACUGGGAUAAACAUCGGUUCCCAUUGAUCAAUAAGACAAUAAGACAUUUGAAAUGCGAUAUAAUGUGUUUUCAAGAAAUGGAGUAUUCUAUAUACAAAAGCUUUUGGAGCAGGGAUUUUCCAAGUUCUGAUUACCAAAGUUUUUAUGUACAAAAAUCGUCAUUAAAUCAGGGGUUUCGUCAUUUGGACGAUGGAUUGGAUGGUGUUGGUAUAUUUGUUAAUACACGUAGAUUUGAAGUUCUUGGUGAAAGGAGGAUAAAUUUUGGUCAAAUUGUAAUGGAGAAUAAGGAGAAGUACAACUUGACAACUGAUUUGAUGAAACGCUUGGUUCCUAGAAACACUGUUGCAUUGGCACUUCGGCUUUACGACAAACAAGCCAAAAGAGUUGUUUUUGUUGCCAAUACGCAUUUGUACUGGUCGCCCAAAUUCAACGACGUCAAGGUUCUACAAACAAAACUCCUUUUAAAUGAGUUGGAAAGCUUUAUCAAUGGAGAAGAAGACACAUGUGUUAUUCUUCUUGGUGACCUAAACUCCAAUCCGCAAUCAGACGUUUACAAACUUUUGCGAGGAAACAAGAUAGAUACAUUAUCCUCACGAGAGUUUUUGGGACGCCAAUAUGGUAAAAACAAUGCUUUGAUUAGUCAAGAGGGUGAAAUAACAAAUCCGUUUAAUUUCUUAAGCGUAUAUGAACCAUUUAUCAAGUCUAAUCAUUUACAUUUUACAAGUUUUUCACCAACGUAUUGUGGCGUCAUUGAUCAUAUACUAGUUAGCAAUGAGAUGAAAAUACAUAAAGUAUUAGGAGAAGUAGAUCAAAAUUACUUUAAAAGUCUCAAAAUGAAAGGGUUCCCAAAUUCACAGUUCCCAUCAGACCAUAUACCUAUAGCAGCAGAGAUAAGCUACUCUUCAAAAAGACUAAAACUAUAA